UUUCCUCCGCUCCGCGCCGCCUCGGCCCGAGCGAUCCGCAGCGGGAGCUGCGCCCCCGACCCUGCCGCGCCGGCCGUGACCCCGCCGGGCGCUCCGAGCCCGCCGCGCCGUGGGCGGGUCUGUCCCGGCUGCCCGCAUGGACGCGGCGCUGAAGCGCAGCCGCUCGGAGGAGCCGGCCGAGCCCCUGCCGCCGGCCCGGGACCUGGAUGGGGAGGAGGAGGAAGAGGAGGAAGAGAGGAUGGAGCAGGGGCUGGAAGAGGAAGAAGAGGUGGACCCCCGCAUCCAGGGUGAACUGGAGAAGUUAAAUCAAUCUACUGAUGAUAUCAACAGACGGGAGACUGAACUUGAGGAUGCUCGCCAGAAGUUCCGUUCUGUUCUGGUUGAGGCCACAGUGAAACUGGAUGAACUGGUGAAGAAAAUUGGCAAAGCUGUAGAAGACUCAAAGCCUUACUGGGAGGCACGAAGGGUGGCAAGGCAGGCUCAGCUGGAAGCUCAGAAAGCCACGCAGGACUUCCAGAGGGCCACAGAGGUGCUUCGUGCUGCCAAGGAGACCAUCUCCCUGGCGGAGCAGAGGCUGCUGGAGGACGACAAGCGGCAGUUCGACUCAGCCUGGCAGGAGAUGCUGAACCACGCCACGCAGAGGGUCAUGGAGGCGGAGCAGACCAAGACACGGAGUGAGCUGGUGCAUAAGGAGACAGCAGCCAGGUACAACGCUGCCAUAGGCCGCAUGCGACAGCUGGAGAAGAAACUCAAGAGAGCCAUCAACAAAUCCAAACCUUAUUUUGAGCUCAAGGGAAAAUACUACGUGCAACUUGAGCAACUGAAGAAGACAGUAGAUGACCUGCAGGCCAAACUGACCCUGGCAAAAGGAGAGUACAAGACGGCCCUGAAGAACCUGGAACGAAUCUCGGAUGAGAUCCACGAGCGGCGGCGCUCCAGUGCCAUGGGGCCCCGGGGCUGCGGCGUGGGUGCAGAGGGCAGCGGCACAUCUGUAGAGGACCUGUCCGGAGGCAAACCCGAGCCAGACGCAGUUUCUGUGGCCUCAGAGGCUUUUGAAGACGACAACUGUAGCAACUUUGUGUCUGAAGAUGACUCAGAAACUCAGUCUGUGUCCAGUUUCAGUUCAGGACCAACAAGUCCAUCUGAAGUGCUGGACCAGUUCCCUGCAGUCGCAAGGCCCGGCAGCCUGGAUCUGCCCAGCCCCCUGUCCCUGUCAGAGUUCGGAAUAAUGUUCCCGGUGCUGGGCCCUCGGAGCGAGUGUAGUGGGGCCUCUUCUCCAGAAUGUGAGGGAGAGCGAGGAGACAGGGCAGAAGGGGCAGAGAAUAAAACCAGUGACAAAGCCAACAACAAUCGAGGUCUCAACAACAGUGGUAUUGGUGUCAGGGGUAAAAGCCAGAACACCAUCUCCCCCGAGGGCCAGGCUGUGGAGACCCGGAUGAAGCAGCUGUCCCUCCAGUGUUCAAAGGGAAGAGACGGGAUUAUUGCUGACAUAAAAAUGGUGCAGACUGGCUGACCCACUGAGCAAUGGCCCAUGUACAAAAGAAGAUACGUGAAAACUGGAGAACAUUGUGCCAAAAAUUGUUUAACAUAUGCCAAAUCUUUCGCAUUUAUUCUAAACUGCACUAAUGAAGUUUCCGUGACCUUCAGGACUAAAGACUUUCCUUCUGGUAAGAGCUCAUGGACUGGUUUGUUUUUCAGAGUGCAGUUAUUACAACUGUGAACAGGUACACAGCCUUUGUGGAACAUUCCCUGUAAGAGGGUUGUAGAAGCAAUAACUAGUUCCUGUGAAAGGCAAGUGUGGAAUUGGGCUGGAGGCCUAGCCAAACUAAGGCCGUAACUUGAAUUUCUCCUCUCUCUGGCCCUCAGUUUGGGGAAAGUGAGGUAUUCUCUCCAUUAUGUCCCAGGGCAUUUAAACAGUUUAAAGACCCACAAAACAAAUAAAGGUAUUCAGAGCACCCUUUUGUGACCUAGUGAAGGCUUAAGUAUUUCAAGGACAUAAUUCAUUUCAUCACCUCUAGGGUUGCAAGGGGGCUUUUUAAAAGCAGCAUGUAUGCUGGGACCCUCUUUAAAACUAUUUCUUGGGAAGGCUCCUGUGAACUGCACUUUGGGGGUGGGAAAGGUGACUGUCAGCGUGGGGAUGGGGGGUGAGGGUAGUAGGGACAUAGCACAGAAGGGGGUCUGUGGCUGUGGGCAAGAAGGGGCCUGUAACAUACCCUUGUCCUGCCAGCCGAGGGGGUUUAUUCUAAGAGAAGUGCAUGUGAAGAGUGGCUGCCAAUGUUGCAUCUAGAUUGAAAAGAUGUUCAUUUCCACAUAGGUUGUAACUUUAAAAAUAAAUGAAAUUAUUUAAGGGUUAUGCUGCACUAGUUUUCCUUAGAGGAAAUGUCCUUAAAGCUAGGAAAGGGAGUAGGCAUGUGUUGGCAAAGGCUGUUAAAUAGAAGUGAUGGGAGUCUGUUAUGCUACUGUUAGUGCUAAGACUGCUUUUUUUUCAUAUUUUUUUGGUUAUGCAUAUUUAGAGUGCUGUAUUUCAUUUGUCUCGUUUUGUUAAGAAAAUUGAGCAUUUCUAAAAGAAAAACACAACCUGCCCAUUUCCAGUUGUUAAUCCUGUCCCAUCCUGUACAGUCAUCUAUAUAUUUCUUCUUACUGUAGUAGUUCCUCCUUUUUGACUGAUACAGUAUCCUAAUUACAAGGUUAUUUUGUACUUAAUACCUCGAGUGUAAUAAAAACUGCUGAAGAAAA